AAGCCCCAGCAGGCGCAUGGCGGAGCCAGCGCUCCCCCUGCCAGAGCAGUGAGUCUGCCCGGCGGGGGCGGGGCUAGGGAGCGGUGGCCCCACGUGGUCUCUUCCGCAGGCUCAGCGCCUGCAGCAUGGAGCGGGCGCAGCUGGGGGGGCUGCCGCGGUUCCAGUGCCCCCCGGAUUUCUCCCCGAGCCCCUUCAGACCCGGGACACCCUUCGCCCCCGAGGAGCUGCGGGGCAAGGAGCUGUGGCUGAUCCGAGCGCCCGCUGAUUUCCGCCCGGACAGCCUGGAUGGCUGCGCUGUGCCCCUGGUCGGGUUCCAGACGCUGAAGACAAAGUUUGAUGGGACGCAGCAGGUCUUUGACAUCCACAGUGCCCUGGAGGAGCCGGCCAGCCCCUACCUGCUAGUGUCCUCGACCCGUUCUGACCAGCUCUCCUGCACAGCCUCCUUCCACGGCUGCAUGCGCAUCUGCGAGAGAUUUGGGGACCCCAGCAGCAGGAGCCCUGGCCAGGCUGUCACAGCCAGGCCUCCCCCCCAGGUCCCAGAGGGCCUCCGGCAGCGUUUCCUGCCCUUCGGGGGCAGCCCAAAGCAACAGUGCCCAGAGGCAGCCACGUCCACGCCAGCGACAGAGGUGCGGGGGUCUGCCAGGAAGAAGAAGAAGAAGAGAGUGAAAGAGGAGCCCAUGGAGCUGCUGGUGUCGAUAAAGCAGGAGCCUCUCGAGGAGCCCUGGGGCUGGGGGAGCGGUGAUCCUGGCCCUGAACCCCCCAGAGCGGAGGAUGAUGGCUUGAGGGGGGCAGAGGAAUCCACUCUGGAGCACCUGAGCCCCAAGCACAAGAAGAAGAAGAAGAAAAAGAAACACAAGUACGAGGCUUUGGAGGGGGCAGUCUGGCCAUGCAAGGCUGAGCUGCUGGACCCCAGCUCCAUAAAGCAGGAGUGAAUGUGGCCAAAGCCUGAGGGCAGGGGUUUGGCUGAAGACGUGUGGUGGGGACGUCCCAUCACUGCUCCGAACCCUGUGGUGUUCGCCUGCUGCAGAGAUGGGAAUGGCAGCUUCACAUGGGGUGCCCCAGACUAGCUGUCUAAAGUGCCAGCGUUCCUCCGUGGGCAUUAGGUGCAUCAGGCCCCCUGCUCCUGCAGGGCCACCCAGCGGUGCCAGUGCAGUGCCUGCUGCCAUAGGAAUAAGCAGGAGGCCUUGGUGAGUCCAGGGGACAUGUUCUGGGCCCCAGCUGGCGACUGUGUGACCAGGCUGCUCUGGGUGCGCUUGGUGUUUGUGGCGGGUACUGGCUGAACCCUGCUGGCUGCGGGAUCCUGCCCGAGGCUGGGAGGGGCCGCAGGGAGUUGUGGUGUGUCUCUGCCUUCAGUUAUAAAUGCAAGUACACGUGGGGAUAUGUUCUGUCUCCUUUAAUUGCCAUGGCUGUAGGCUGUUCCCCACCACCAGUGAUUGUUCCCUGUGGGGGAGGGUAGCUAGCUCCCCCUAAGACCAGGCACCCCCCACACACACCCUGGGAGGAAGGUUUGAGUCUGGUGCCUUGCACUGGUUUCCCCAGGGUUCCUGCUGGGGGAGCUGGGAGGUUCCCAGCAGCCCUGGGGCUAGAGGACAUGCUGCCCCAGGGGAAGCCUUAGCUCAGGGGCCGGGGGAGUCACCCAGCUCGUGUCCCCAUUUAUCCAGCUGCCAGGGGCAGGGCUGUACUGUGCUCCCAGGCAGCAUGGCACAGCUGGGCAGGGGUGUGUCAGGGAAGGUGUAGGGGACCGGGUGGGAGAUGGAGGCUGAAGCCUGUUUGUUAAGGGAGGGGAGUUGUGCAGUGGGCCAGAGCCAGGGAUGGGGCAGCAGUGCCUGGUGCGUUCCUGUCUGGGGCUGGGGGGCAGGGACCUGGAUCAGUGAGCCCCCCUUCCCCCAGGGGGAGCAGCAAUGCCCUGUGUGCCGAGGAGCUUCCCCAUCCCCUGCUAGGCCUCCCACUUAGUGCCUAGCCCAAGAAGAAGGGUGUCAGUGUGGCUCCCGGAGGGAGAGGGUGUCAACUCAGGGCCCAUGUGCCUGCCGGGAAACUAGGCCAGGGUGCUGGAGGUGAGUGUGACCAGUCCAGUCACCCCAGCUGGGGGGGGGAUAUCAGGCCAGGCAGCAGGGUGGGUUCUGGGCACUGCUGUAUGAGUGUCCACCGAGUCACUGCACCCCCAAGCUCCACCAAGUCACUGCACCCCAAACCUGAGAUACUGCCCCCAGUGGAUCACUGCACUCCCCAAACCUCAGGGACCCCCAAACUGCAGCCACCAUUGAAUCACUGCGCUCCCAGAUGCCACUCUCCCAAGCUCACGGGAGGUAUUUUAUUUAACUUGCCUCAUUUUAAACCCCAACGCUCCAUCGGUCUUAACUUGGUGAGCUAAACCUGGGAUGCUGUUAUGAUGUACCGUGUGCUGGGCGUGAGACAGACCCUCCCACAACCAUCCACUUGUUUCAGCUCCAGUUCUGGGGCUGGCCCUGGAGCCCUACCCUGCUCCCAUGGUGCCUGUAACUUGCCCCAGCUGCUCCCAUUCUCUCAGCGCUGGCGGCUUGAGCAGCUCCCUGGUGUGUGGGGGACGGUGGGGUCUGGCAGUGGCUGUGGUUGGAGUUAGUAACUCCUGAGACAAAAUGAGGAUUUUUUGUAAUGCUCUUAUGAGGCCUGUUUGUGUUUCAGUUUCCCCCAUGGGUGGAAAGGGACUGUUUGCUCUCAGGGCAGAGAAAGCCACAGGGGUGAAUAGUAACCAGCUGUUAGGGUGAUCGAGGUCCACAUAGACCCCCUUAGUGGAGCAUUUGAGCAGACAACGGCAGAUCCAGGGGCCUGGACACUGACACCUAGCAACCAAGGACCCAGAGAGAAACAGAUUCCCCUGCCUCUCCAUGUGGGGCUGGGCUGCCUCUCCCCAGCUUGGGGAGGUGGGAGCUAAGUGCAGGCUGUGGGAAGCUCUUGGGGGCACACCUGGAGUCUGAGGGAUGA